CUCUGUAGGAGUUUGCUGGACAUGGACACUUUUUCCAAGUCUGACCCAGUGGUGGUCCUGUACAUCCAAGGGAUCGGUAACAAAGAAUGGACAGAAUUCGGACGGACGGAGGUCAUCGACAACACGCUGAAUCCAGACUUUGUCCGAAAAUUUGUGCUGGACUACUUCUUCGAAGAGAAGCAAAACCUGAGGUUUGACGUGUUCAAUGUGGACUCCCGGAGCUGCAAUAUAUCAAAGCACAAGGAUUUCUUGGGUCAAACAUUUUGCACCCUCGGAGAAGUCAUUGGGUCACCGAGGAGCCGGCUAGAAAAGCCUCUGACGGGGAUUCCAGGGAAGAAAUGCGGGACUAUCAUCUUAUCAGCGGAGGAGCUCAGCAAUUGUCGGGACAUUGUUACAAUGCAGCUGUGCGCCAACAAGCUGGACAAGAAAGACUUCUUUGGAAAGUCGGACCCUUUCCUGGUGUUCUACCGCAGCAAUGAGGACGGAACGUUCACAAUAUGCCACAAGACAGAAGUUGUGAAAAACACUUUGAACCCAGUAUGGCAACCGUUCACCAUCCCCGUGCGGGCUUUAUGUAACGGUGACUACGACAGGACGGUGAAAGUGGAUGUGUAUGACUGGGACAGAGGAGGAAGCCACGACUUCAUUGGGGAAUUUACUACAAGCUACAGAGAGUUAUCCAGAGGACAGAGUCAGUUCAGUGUAUAUGAGGUACUAAAUCCGAAAAAGAAGUGCAAAAAGAAGAAAUAUAUCAACUCCGGGACGGUGACACUUUUAUCUUUCAAGGCUGAAUCUGAAUAUACAUUCGUCGAUUACAUUAAAGGAGGGACGCAAUUAAACUUCACAGUUGCCAUUGAUUUCACGGCUUCGAACGGUAACCCCUCACAGCCCACCUCUCUCCACUACAUGAACCCGUACCAGCUGAACGCAUAUGGCAUGGCGCUGAAAGCUGUCGGAGAGAUUAUCCAGGACUAUGACAGUGACAAACUAUUCCCAGCAUACGGAUUCGGCGCCAAAAUCCCACCAGAUGGCAAGAUUUCCCAUGAGUUCCCGCUGAAUGGAGACAUGGAUAACCAAAAUUGCGUCGGUAUACAGGGUGUACUAGAGGCCUACUUCAAAAGUCUUCGAACGGUUCAGCUUUAUGGUCCAACCAACUUUGCACCCGUUAUUAACCAGGUUGCCAGUGCUGCCGGUGAGGUUACGGACGGCUCUCAGUAUUAUGUCCUUCUGAUCAUCACCGAUGGAGUCAUCUCUGAUAUGGCGCAGACCAAAGAAGCUGUUGUAAAUGCUUCAUCGUUACCAUUGUCCAUUAUUAUAGUUGGCGUUGGACCAGCAGAGUUUGAUGCUAUGGAAGAACUGGAUGGAGAUGAGGUUCGGGUUUCUUCUAGAGGCCGCUUUGCAGAAAGAGACAUUGUGCAGUUCGUGCCAUUCCGCGAUUACGUGGACCGCUCUGGCAACCAAGUCCUCAGCAUGGCCCGGCUCGCCAAGGACGUCUUAGCGGAGAUCCCAGAACAGUUCCUGUCCUAUAUGAAGUCCCGUGAGAUCAAGCCCCGCCCGAUGCCGCCCUCUGCCCCCAUUCAGAACCUUCCCUCGCACAUCUGAGCACCAACCAUGCUACUCCAUCCUGCACAGAAUUGGUGGCGCCCCCUACCAGUUCUAAAAA